AUGGGGGGGAAAAUUUCCCUCAACUUCAUGAAUCCCACCUUAGGUCGUUCCUUGACUCGGAACUUGAAUCCUUUCAAUUUAGUCCGUACUUCCAAGGUGCAAUUCACCUCAAUCCGAACUAUGGCUACUAUCAACCCUCCGCGGGAUCCGAACACCGUGAGUAACUACAAUAAUUGGCGUUCCACCCAUAUCACCGCCAAUUUCGAUAUUCUGUUCCACCAGAAGAAGCUGGUGGGAAAUGUCGUCCAUCAAUUCAAGUCAAUCACCGAUGGCGAGUCCCAGGAGAUUAUCCUGGAUACCAGCCAUCUCGACAUUGGCGCGGUGAAGGUGGAUGGCCAGCCAUCCAAGUGGGAGUUUCUCCCCCCGCUGGAGCCCUAUGGUGUGCCAUUGAAGAUUAGCCUUGAGAAGCCCGUCAAGUUGAAUGGCACUGUUGAGGUUGAUAUCGAGGUGAAAACCACCGACAAGUGCACCGCGCUGCAGUGGCUAACGCCUGCGCAAACCUCAAACAAGAAACAUCCAUACAUGUUCUCCCAAUGCCAGGCAAUUCACGCGCGGUCUAUCUUCCCUUGUCAGGACACUCCGGAUGUCAAAGCCACCUUUGACUUCAACAUCACCUCUCCGCUCCCGGUCAUGACUAGCGGCCUGCCGAUUCGCAAGUCAUCCAUGGAGUCAAAGGCGGAUCACCAACUGUAUCGAUUCCACCAGUCGGUGCCAAUCCCCAGCUACCUCUUUGCUAUCGCUAGCGGUGAUGUCGCCGAGGCUCCAAUCGGACCCCGGAGUGUCGUUGCAACCAGCCCUGACAAGCUGGAAGAGUGCAAAUGGGAGCUCGAGGCUGAUACUGAGAACUUCAUCACAACAAUCGAGAAAAUUGUUUACCCUUAUGCCUGGGGCGAGUACAACGUUUUGAUCCUGCCGCCCAGUUUCCCGUAUGGCGGCAUGGAGAACCCGAUUUUCACUUUUGCAACCCCCAGUAUCAUCUCGAAGGUUCUCCAGGACCGUGAGAACAUCGAUGUUAUUGCACACGAGUUGGCUCACAGCUGGAGUGGUAACUUGGUUACCAAUGCCUCAUGGGAGCAUUUCUGGUUGAAUGAAGGCUGGACCGUUUACCUCGAGCGAAGGAUUUUGGCUGCCAUUCACGGCGAAGCCUACCGCCACUUUUCGGCCAUCAUUGGGUGGAAGUCUCUGACUGACGCCGUCGAGCAUUUUGGUGACGAUCAUGAGUUCACUAAACUUAUCGUUGAUCUAAAGGGCAAGGAUCCCGACGACGCAUUUUCAAGUGUUCCUUAUGAGAAGGGUUUCAACUUCUUGUUCUACCUUGAGAAUCUUCUUGGCAAGACAAAGUUUGACAAGUUCAUCCCUCACUAUUUCACAACCUUCAAGUGCAAAUCGCUCGACUCCUAUGAGUUCAAAGCACUGAUUCUGGACUUCUUCAAGUCAGAUGCCGAGGCUUCUAAGCUCCUGGAUGAACUUGAUUGGGACAAGUGGUUCUAUGCGCCUGGUCUACCACCCAAGCCAAGCUUUGACACAUCGAUGGUGGACGUUGUCUAUGAACUUUCCAAGAAAUGGCAGUCCCUUCCCGACUCUUCCUUCAAGCCUCAUAUCAGCGACAUCCAGGGCUUGACCGCAAACCAAUUGGUUGUCUUCUUGGAGCAGAUGCUCUUGCUAGAGAGACCUCUCACCCCUCAAACCUCAAAGUUGAUGGGUGAUGUUUACGGUUUUACCAAGAGCGAGAAUAUCGAGGUUUCGAACCUCUACUGCCAGGUUGGCAUGAAAGCGGGAGAUGACAGCGUCAUUGAGCCAACAACCGAGUUGCUGGGCCGCAUUGGACGGAUGAAGUUUGUGCGACCUUUGUUCCGCAAUCUCCAGAAGAUCAAUCGCCCUGUCGCCCUCGCAACAUUUGAGAAGUACAAGGACUUCUAUCAUCCUAUUUGCCGAGGCAUGGUGGAGAAGGACCUGUUUGGCAAGAAAGACAACUAG